AUGGCGGAAGUGAAUCGUGUAGACGAUCGAACAUUACCUAUUGAUGAGCAGCUUGAUCCUUCCUUUUUCGAGAGCGUUGAUUACUUUGUGGAAAAGGGCAUCUCAGUUAUAACACCGAAACUUAUUGAUGAGCUAAAGUCAAACUGCCUGAACGAUGCGCAAAAGCAGAGCUACGUCAAGGGUAUCUUGGCAACAAUCAAAUCCGUCAACAAAGUUCGCUUUCUUAUUGGUACCUAA